UGUGCAGGAAAAAGAGUUUCUUUGAUACUAUCACGUGAUUCUCCUUUUGUUAAAGUGGAUUCUUACGUGACACUUCAUACAUAUUUCUUUGUAUUGAUGUUUGAAGAGAAUUAAGGAUAUUCUCAAUUCAACAGAGAUAAUAAAGCAAACUCUUGCAAGAAAGGAGAUGAAGUUCGGGAAAGAGUUCAAGAAACAAAAGGUGCCCGAGUGGACAGAAGUGUAUAUGGACUAUAAUGGCCUCAAAAGAAUACUAAGAGAGGUAAUGCGUUACAAGCAGAGCCUCCUGCAUCCUGCACUCAUGCACAACAGAGCCUCACAGCAGAAGCAGAUCACAUUCAUGGACAGUACUGCCUUCAGUACUGCGCAACACCUGCAAUCUAGCAAUCUUAAUCAAAGUAAAACGGACGUCGAGAACCAAGUUAUAGAUGUUGACACGUUACAGCGAGAUGGUUCCAAAAAGAUAUACAAGACCAUGUUCCUCGGUCGGUCGGAGGAUGGAGGAGAUGUCGAGACGAUGUUUUUCGCAAAACUUGAUGAACAACUCAACAAGGUCAACACUUUCUACAAGGACAAGGUGAAGGCUCUGAUUCAUGAAGCUACACUGUUGAAUAAACAAAUGGAUGCUCUCAUUGCAUUGCGGAUCAAGGUGCGGAACCCUCAUCUUAAUCGCUCUAAUUUAAAGAUCAGACGUAGUCUUUCCAAUGCUGCUUUGAGGAUGCCCCCAACUAACAUCACUUCAAAGGGAGAUAAGAGUUCAGGAAAGGAGCAUAUGGGUUUGACUCCUGAAGUAGAUACAAUUUAUGAUCAUAAAAAAGACGAAUCUACUGCUGAGAAAGAACUCAAUUCAGCACGCACCACCGGUUGUAGUACUGAUCAUGGAGAGCAGGUGAGGAAUCAUGACUACCAACAAGAUCCUCUAAAAAUUCUUGAUCACGUGAAGAUUAACAACACACUUGACUCGCCAAUUUCAACCAUAAGAGGUGUUUUCAAGGAUUCCAAAGAACAGGACUUGAGUUUUAAUAAGGAGGAACUAAGAAGAGUUGAAGAACAACUGAGACAUGCGUUUAUUGAAUUCUACAACAAGCUGCGUCUUCUAAAGCACUACAGUUUUAUGAACCUUUCUGCAUUUUCCAAGAUAAUGAAAAAGUACGAAAAGAUCACAUCAAGGAGAGCAACCAGAUCAUACAUGAAAAUAGUGGAUAACUCUUACCUUGGCAAUUCUGAUGAGGUUUCUUGGAUUUCAGUUACUAGUCUCCUGGAGAGGGUGGAAGGUAUCUUCAUCAAGAACUUUUCAAACUCAAAUCGUAGAAAGGGCAUGGAGUCAUUGAGGCCAAAAGCAAAAAGAGAAAAGCACAGUGUGACAUUUCUUUCAGGCUUCUUUUCAGGUUGUUCAAUUGCUCUACUAGUUGCUAUUGCUUUAAGAAUAGACGCUGGUAAUCUGAUGAAUAAGGAGGAGGGAACACAGUACAUGGAAAACAUUUUCCCACUAUACACUUUAUUUGCAUAUGCUGUACUACAUAUGCUCAUGUAUGCUGCAAACAUAUACUUCUGGAGGCGUUAUCAUGUCAACUAUCCAUUUAUAUUUGGUUUCAAGCGAGGGACUGAGUUGGGCUACCGAGAAGUUUUCCUCCUCAGCACUGGUCUUGCAGUACUUGCAUCAGCUGGUUUCCUAGCAAACUUGCAUCUGGACAUGGAUUCAAGUACUCAUGGCUACAAGACGGUCUCUAAAAUGGUUCCUCUGAGCUUGGUCACUUUUGUGCUUGUGAUCACCUUCUGCCCUUUCAACAUUAUAUACCGUUCAAGUCGCUUCUUCUUCAUUAAACGUGUUUUCCGCUGUAUAUGUGCCCCUCUCUACCCGGUUACCCUACCAGAUUUUCUCUUGGCAGACCAGCUUACCAGCCAGGUUCAGGCCUUUAGGAGCUUUGAGUUAUACAUAUGUUACUAUGGAUUGGGAGAAUACUCGAGAAGACAAAACAGGUGUCACCGUCAUGAAGUCUAUAAUACCUUCUAUUUCAUUGUUGCAGUUAUACCAUAUUGGCUGCGCUUUCUACAGUGCAUUCGUCGAUUUUACGAAGACAAAGAUGCAAUGCACGGGUACAAUGGUUUGAAGUACUUCUUGACCAUUGUUGCAGUUAUUAUUAGAACAGCUUUUGAGCUAAAGAAGAGAAUAGCCUGGAUGGUGUUUGCUCUAGUCAGCUCUGCCAUUGCAGUAACAAUGAAUACAUAUUGGGAUAUAGUUGUUGACUGGGGGCUUCUGCAAAGGAAAUCAAGGAACAGAUUAUUGAGAGAUAAACUUCUCAUUUCCAGAAAGUGUGUCUACUUUGCAGCUAUGUUCUUGAAUAUAGUACUGCGACUUGCUUGGAUGCAAUUGGUGUUGGGAUUCAGAUUGCAUUCCCUUCGUAAGAUGACCAUAACAACCACAAUGUCAUGCCUAGAAAUUAUUCGCCGUGGCAUUUGGAGCUUCUUCAGGUUGGAAAAUGAGCACCUAAACAAUGUUGGCAAAUACCGUGCAUUCAAGUCAGUGCCACUUCCUUUCAGUUACAACGAGAAUGAAGAUGAUGAUGAUGAGACAGAAGAUGACGAGGAUGACAAGGAUGAUUAAGCAUCAACAUGAUGAACACAUGAUACUUCUCAAACAAAGCCAUGAAGCUAAUAUGCAUUUGCUCUGGGAAUGAUCUCUUCUUCCCUAAAAGCCAGAACGAUCUGUGGUUCUUAGCCCGUCCAAAUACUGCGCAGGCUCUGGCUAAAUCACUUCAUUUCAUUUUUUUUGGUUGACCUUGAAAAGGUGUUGAAGAAAAUGCUUUAGAGAAAGUUUUGUAUCAAUGGUUCCUCACAAAGCCGUACACUGAUUCUUCAUUCAUCAAUGCACAAAAUUCUAUUUGGAUUGUCAAGGUGCACCUGCUAAAAGGGGUGUUAAAUACUGCUAACUCCCAAUA